UAUCGUAACCCACACUAGCGUUACGUACUUUGAUAGUAAAAGUCAAGCCAUCGUGGUCAUACAUUGACUAAAAUAAUUCAUCGUGUAUGUAUUGGUGAUCAAAGGAAGUUCAUAAAGGUUGAUACAUAAACAACCUAAAUGGGAGCAUUCCAAAGUAGAAGAAACAAAUCAAUUCGAGAUAGGGCAUUGCAAUCCAAGAAGUUGUCCUCGCUCAAUCUUCUAAGAGGGUAUGAGAACUCACUCCGCAAUGAAAUAUGGACCUGUCCGAACAGAAUGUUUGUUUCCACAUCCACGAGCAGAAUUGAUAUGUGGUCCGAGUGUAGCCCUCGUUAUUACCGCAUACUGAGGACCCAAGAAAAGGACGAUGACCACAACCACCUUGAUGGAAAGGACAUCACCAUUAGAGAACCACCUACCCAACAACCACCAGCUAACAGUGGAUGGAAAAAUUUUAAUAAAAAGCUCCAUUUCAGGCUAAAGCGGAAGAUCACUUUCUCCAGUGGCAGUGGUCCAAAAAGUGCGACAUGUGAUGUGAAGGAGGAGGAGGGUGAUGCCUCGGUACAAGAAUCUGGAUAUGAGAAUAAGGAUAAGUCAGUGAAUCGAACCAUUACUUCAAAACCUGACACCUGGGAUGAAAAUGGAAAUAUUUCUGUGCCUCAUUAUCCCGUGACAAGUGACAAAAAUUUAUGACUUCGAGGAGAGAUAAACCUUGAAUCUAAACAACCAUCGGAUAUUUACGUAGCAUCAAAUGGAUUGUUGUAAAAUUGUCAUUAUAGAAAUAAAAUACCCAUCAAUGAAGAUGAGCUUGGGAAAUGGGUUUUCAAUAAAGAUUGUAAUCGGUACUUAAUACUUGUCGUAUACCACCAGUAUUAGUACAUAUGUAUUUACUUAUGUAUACACUUUCUCAUUAAAUAGGGAUCCAAAAUAUGUCCAGUCACUAGUAGCAUAUGUACAUUUGUAUUGUAUGCACUUGUACUAUUUUACUACAGAUAAUGACUUGUAAGUAUGUGGGUCAUUCACGAUAG